GGAGGUCACAUGAUGUGUAGACGCGUCGCGCCGAUGACGUACGUGGUGUGGGAUAUUCCGUAUGACCUCAUAGAGAGCGGCCGUGACGCGGGGCUGAACCGGGGGCGACUUAUAUGUUGGCGAGCAGACACAGUAGGAGCUUCGUGGAAGUAACGCAGCCACCUAUGAAACAUUUCGGCGGCCACGUGUAGCAUUUUGAUGCCUGCCUCUGAGCCCCUCCCCCACAGCCACUAUGCCUGCAGCAACAGUGGACCACAGCCAGCGCAUCUGCGAGGUCUGGGCCUGCAACCUGGAUGAACAGAUGAAGCGAAUCCGUCAAGUUAUACGCAAGUAUAAUUAUGUUGCAAUGGACACAGAAUUUCCAGGGGUAGUUGCGAGACCGAUAGGAGAGUUCAGGAGCAACGCUGACUAUCAGUACCAACUAUUACGCUGUAACGUGGACUUACUGAAGAUCAUUCAGCUCGGCCUCACAUUCAUGAAUGAACAGGGAGAAUACCCGCCCGGGACCUCCACGUGGCAGUUCAACUUUAAGUUUAACCUAACGGAAGACAUGUAUGCACAGGACUCCAUCGAGCUGCUCACUUCAUCUGGGAUCCAGUUUAAGAAACAUGAAGAUGAAGGCAUUGAAACUCACUAUUUUGCAGAGUUGUUCAUGACCUCCGGCGUAGUGCUGUGUGAAGGGGUGAAGUGGCUCUCUUUCCACAGUGGAUAUGAUUUUGGCUAUCUAAUAAAGAUACUGACUAAUUCCAACCUGCCUGAGGUUGAGCUAGACUUCUUUGAAAUUCUUCGAUUAUUUUUUCCUGUGAUCUAUGAUGUCAAAUAUCUCAUGAAAAGCUGCAAAAAUUUAAAGGGUGGAUUACAAGAAGUGGCUGAACAGCUGGAGCUGGAACGGAUAGGACCUCAGCAUCAGGCUGGCUCUGACUCGUUACUGACCGGAAUGGCAUUCUUCAAGAUGAGAGAGAUGUUCUUUGAAGAUCACAUAGACGACGCCAAGUACUGUGGUCAUUUAUACGGCCUGGGGUCUGGAUCUUCCUACGUUCAGAACGGCACUGGGAAUGCAUAUGAAGAAGAGGCCAACAAGCAGUCAUGACCUGUAGAGGAAAACUAACAUUUUUUUUAUUACCAGGCUCAGUCACUUUCUACAUGUCUUAACUCUAAACAUAUUUUUGGCUAUCAACUCGACCAUCUCUCAUAUCCAUUCACUUUCUGUUUUACCACUUGGCCUUUAAACAGAUUGGUGUCUCACUUUUAUGUUUGCCUUAUCUACGCUAGAUCUCUGUGCACUAGCCCAACCUUUCGCCAUGUAAGCGAAUACAACUGGGCAAUCCCAAUUGCUUGAUCCAAGAUUUUUUGAAUAGUUUAACAACCUAUUGACUAAGAACAUAGCACUUCUGUGUAUGGCACUGAGUUCAGAUGACUUAUUUCUUGUGCACCCCACCACCACCACCUUUAUAAGCCUUAAAUAGCAAAUCCAUACACUCUUAAGGUCUACAUCCUAAAACAUGAACAUUUCUUUUGAGGAAGACUGCUAGAUCUCAAGGUGCUGGCAGCCUCUGGUGCUAGGAAUCAUUGAUGCUUGUCCAGCUCUUUGCACUCGUAGGAAACCCUCGACUUUUUAUCCCUAAAUCCAUAUUUACCUGCUACAGUCACCAUUUUUAUUUUUACAAAACAUUAUUUAUUAGGUGCUUGAAGUUUGGAUAUUGAUGAAUUGUUGGGGAGAAAAGCUUCAUGCAAAAAUGAAAGAAAACCAAGUAAAAAAAAAACAAAAAAACUGAUACAAUCCAAAAGCUCAACAAGUCCGAUCGCGAUCUCUCCGCUGCAGAGGAAUAGACACUGGAAAAUACAAUUUCAUUUUGUAUUUUUUCUACAGAAUGUAAUUAUUUGUUGCAACAACAAAAUAAAAAGUUUUAGCUUUGGCAUGGGAAGUUCUCUGCAUAUCCCAGCUGUGGUCAGAUGGCAUUAUGAGGAGGACACUAGGCUUUAGGUUCCUUGGUGCUGCCAUCAUUAGGUGGUGGACAGUUCUACACCUCUGGUUGACGCUGUCUGUCUUUUGCAGUACAUUUUUUAUAUUGUGGCCAUUGAUCUACAAUAUAUAUCCCUGCCCCAGGAGUUGGAUGGUAAAAUCAGAUUUCCGUACAAAUGGAUUUUGUGUGUUUUUAUCCACACACUAUCGACCUAUGUAAAAUACAGUCGGAACUCUUUACCUUUAUACUUUGUAAUAUCUCCAGUUUUUUUUUUUUCUUUUCAGAGUUACAGUGUUGUAACAAUGUGAUCCUUUUUAAUGCAUAAAAUACAAGCUGUUUGCAACAAAGGAUAUUUGUUUUUAGAGCUUUUGUAAAUAAAGGCUGAAAAGAU